CCCUCAACGGAUCAAUCGCGCAGUACCAGCCAGGAGCGCAACCCAACCGGCAUGCGUGAUGAGUCCAGUGCCUCGCCCUCAACGGAUCAAUCGCGCAGUACCAGCCAGGAGCGCAACCCAACCAGCAUGCGUGAUGAGUCCAGUGCCUCGCCCUCAACGUAUCAAUCGCGCAGUACCAGCCAGGAGCGCAACCCAACCGGCAUGCGUGGUGAGGUUACUCCGAACCCGUCCGGGAAAAGCAGCAUUGGAGGCAACGGGAAUCGUGGAGGGAAACAAUCCGGACUCGGUGACACUUCAGUUGUUGCUGUUGGUCUCGGUUCCCUUGCGGUUCUCGUCGUGGCCGCCGCCGUGGUGAUGACGCCUCUCUGA